AUGCAGGUCCCGGUCAGCUGGCUGCAGGCGCUGAGCGUCAUGCAAUACAUGGCGACGUUCCUGGGGCCCCCGGAGCGAUCGUGUUGCUGCUGCUGCUGCCUGCAAACGAGAUUCUGGAUCCUCCCAGUUCUGUACUGGUGCUGGUGGCUCUGGGACUGGGACGGGGCGGAGAGAGGUCCCCGGCACUGGGAUUGGGUGCGAAACUGGAGGAUUUGGGAUCAUUUCUGUGACUAUUUCCCCAUCAAGGUGAUCCGCACAGCCCCCCUGCCCCCCGGGCGCAGUUACCUGCUGACCGCCCACCCCCACGGCGUCUCCUGUCUCGGGGUGUUCGGCGCCUUUCAUCUCGGGGGGCCGGGGGGCGCCGGGACCCCCAGACCCGGCUGGGGGGGGGGCCCGUGUCCCGGCCUGCGCCCCACAUUGGCCGCGCUGGCCGUGUUCCAUCUGCCGCUCUAUAGGGAGUACGCGCUGGCCGCCGGGCUGUGCCCCGUGAGCCGGCGCUGCCUGGAGCGGGUUCUGUCGCGGCCCAACCAGGCCCUGCUGGUGAUGGUCGGGGGGGCGGCCGAGGCGCUGGAGGGGCGCCGGGGGACACACCGCGUCACCCUGAGGGGACCGACGGGCUUCGUGCGCCUGGCGCUGAAAUACGGCGCCCCGCUGGUGCCCGUGUACGUGUUCGGGGAGCAGGAGGCGUUCCAGGGUCCCCCCCUGGCCGAGGGGUCCCGGCUGCGGCGGCUCCAGCGGCGGCUCAAGCGGCUUUUGGGGUUCGCCCCGUUGAUCUUCUGGGGGCGCGGCGGGAACCCGCUGCUGCCCUUCCAGCGGCCAAUCACCGUCGUGGUGGGCGCCCCCCUGGAGGUGCCGCGCCGGCCCUGCCCCUCCCCCCGGAGGUGGCGCUGUUCCACCGGCUGCACCAGCAGCGGCUGCUGCGGCUCUUCGAGGAGCACAAGGGGGCCUGCGGGGUCCCCCCCGGCGCGCGGCUCAGCGGUCAUGUGACCCCAAACCACCUGACCCCCCCCUCAAA